AUGGAUGCUUCACAUUCUCUGUUAGAGCAGGAAAAUAUCCGUCGAGCUGAUGAACUGUCACAUAAGGUGUCGCUGCUAAAAGCAUUUGCUAAAGAUAUUGAAACCGAAUCUAAAUCACAAAAUAAAUAUCUUGAUGAAAUUACAAAUUCAUUUGAUAGUGCAAGUAAUAUUUUGUCGAACACACUGCAUCGAGUGCUUGGAAUACCGAAAAAGCGUACAAAUAAUCGAAGAUUUAUGUGUUAUGUUGUUCUGUUUGUAGUUUUUAUUAGCCUACUGGGUUAUUUUCUUUUAUUUCGCAGAUCCAAUUAG